AUGGUUUGUCUGGUCCAGACCAUACCGGACCGCACCACACAGGUGUGGUCUGGUCUGGUCCAUGGUCUGUAUUCCAACAUCUCAGUCUGGACCACAGAUCGUAUCUAUGGUCUGGACCGGACCGCACCGUUUCCCACCCCUAUGCUUCAGCACUUCCAGCUAAUGAGGAGGAAAUGGAGAAAGUUCAUGGAUAUGCUAAAGCAGGUAAACAUAAGCAUGCCCUUCGUGGAGGCAGUAUCGAAGAUGCCCAAGUAUGCCAAGUUCAUGAAGGAUCUCCUCACCAACAAGAGGAAGCUUGUGGAGAUGUCAAUGGUGGUGCUCAACGAGGAGUGUUUUGUCAUCUUGCAGAACAAACUAACAGAGAAGCGCAAAGACCCAGGGAGUUUUACUAUCCCUUGCAUGAUUGGUAGUUUGCAGAUAGGAAAGUCCUUGGCGGAUUUAGGCACUAGCAUAAAUGUCAUGCCAUAUAAACUGUAUAAAAAGCUAGGCCUAGGUGAACCUAGUAAUACUAGGAUGAGCAUUCAACUUGCUGAUAGAUCCAUUGUGCAUCCUAGGGGCAUUGCAGAGGACUUGAUAGUCGCAAUAGGGUCAUUCUCAUAUCUUGUUGAUUUUGUGAUUCUUGAUAUAAAUGAGGAUGUGGAUGUGCCUUUAAUACUGGGUAGACCUUUUCUCGCCACCGCCAAGGCGCUCAUUAAUGUGAAUGAUGGGAAAUUAAUUUUGCGAGCUGGGGGUGAACAAAUCACCUUCUCUGUUUCUGAUAAUAUGAAACACCCCCAGAUCCAUGAUGAUUUAGACUACUGUGAUGUUAUUGCUGAUUUUGAGACCGCACUCGCCAUCACGAGUGCGGGUACUGACGAUUUCCUCAAGCGUUGUAAUACGCCCCUGGGGGUGUAUGUUAUCAAAGUCACGCAGCUAACGACUCAAUCAAAGAAUCGAUUGAAGAAUCGAUUGAGCUCCAAUCAAGAACAAAGCGUUCUUAAUACGAACUUGGAUAAAACAUAA